AUGGGUGAGCGAACCCACCACGGAGCCCAGGCAUGCUCUGGCACCAACCCCAGGAAGUGCCAGGAUCUAGGAGACUCAAUUCUUCUGAUUCUGGGCAGCUUCAUCUUGCUCAACGUGGGGAUCAAUGUGGUGACUCUGCUAUGGAGGCAUCUGAAGAGCUCCUUGCGGACUCUUUUCCGUCAUUUUUUCCCCAAAGACAAGCAAUCCAGCUCUCCAGGCAGCCAUCCCAUGUGCAUGCGCUGUUCUGUGGAUCCCAAGAACCUGUGCUCAAGAGUCUCUUCCCACUUCCACUGUCACCCAAGCUUCCUGCUCGGGCAGCCUAACCACCUUGACUCCUGGAUACCAGACACGAAUGAUGAGAAGGCUUCUAAGUGCUGCUGGAUGCCGCCUCAGUGUGGACACGCUGGGGCUCCCAUGGAGGCUCCAUGGGGACUGUGGAAGGAGGGGAUAAUGGGAGCUGGGGAGGCCCCUCAAGUCACAGCCUUAAAGGCCCAAGACACCUUUUUCUCCAGGCAAGAGACAUCUUCCAAGUACCACAGGAUGAGCAAGUUGGACAUGGUUCCACUCCGCCUGCCCCAAGAGAGCAAGACUAAGACCCCAGCCUGUGACCCAGCCCAGGCCCCAGCCCAGGCCCAGACCUGCUCCCCAGUCCAGCCCCCUCGGCGCACUCCUGCCAGGGCCCAGGCCUUCUCCUCAGCCCACCCCUCUGAGCACACCCCUGCCCAGGCCCAGACCCGCUCCCCAGUUAACCCCCCUGAGCACGGCCCACCCCAGCCUCAAACCUGCUCCCCAGUACACGCUGCUGGGCACACUCCUGCCAGGACCCAGACCUUCUCCUCAGCCCACCCCGCUGAGCGUGACCUGCCCCAGGCCCAGCCUCCCUCCCCAGUUUAUCCCCCUGAGCAUGCCCCACCCCAGCUCCAAACUCGCUCCCCAGUCCAGCCCCCUGUGUACACUCCUGCCAGGACCCAGACCUUCUCCUCAGCCCACCCUCCUGAGCAUGCCAUGCCUCGGGUGCAGACUCACUCCUCAGUCCACCCCGCAGAACACACCACCUCCCAGGCCCAGACUCACUCCCCAGCCCUCACUCCUGAGCACAGCCCUGCCCAGGUCCAUGGUCCUGAGCACCCCUCAGCCCAAAUCCUGGCCCAGGCCCAAACCCAGAUCCCCUCACAUGCCUCAGCCCAGUCCUUGGGCCACAACCCUGAGCACACAACAGCCCCCGCCUCAGCCUGCACCCUGACCCAUGCUCAUCUAACCUAUACCCGUAACCGUACCCUGGUCCCUCCUCCAACUUCUGCCCCUGCUGCAACUCCUGCCCCAGCCCCCGCACCAGCCUCUGCCCCAAUCUCUGCCACAACCCCUGUCCCAGCGCUGGUCAUGGCCCUGACUACCACUCCAGUCCCGGCUACUACCCCUUCCCCCGUCCUAACUUCUAUUCCCUCUACCCUGUCCGCCUUCAGCCAGGGCCUCUCCAGGGGUCACGUGGUCUAUGAUGCCCGCAGGGUAAAGCAGAACUUAUUCCAUGUGUGUCCCCCUCAGAAUUCUGGGUAUUCCAGAAAGGACUUGGGUACCCUCUCCAGGCCCCAAGAGGGGCAUGGCCCAGUGAGCUCUGGUACAGCUGAGCAAACAUCAAAGCCAUGUAGUGCGGAUGGUGCCAGGCUCUCCACAGGAUCCAUAUUGGGUUACCUGGAGCUGGGGAAUAUGGAAUGGAAGAUCUCAAAUGACGCCAACGGCGAGUUCUUACAGCCCAAGACCUUCCCUUACUGCAGCUUCCACCCUUGCAGUUCUGAGAAGAGAGAAGCAGACUCCCAGGCUCCAGUCUACCCCAAAUUCCUGGUCUACUCCAAGGAUGCUGCACCUUCUCAACCUUGUUUCCAUUCUCCAACCAGUACCCAGACCUCGCCAGGCACUGUGCCUCCACCACGCAUUCUUUCUCUACCUCUUGUUUCUCCCAGAUCCUUUGUCCUUCAACACACCAACCACCAGAAGCCCUCCACCUUAACACAAACUGCCACCCUUCCGCCAACCUCCAAGUCUCCUCAAACUGUCCUCUCUUCCCAGGGGCCCAUCCCUACCCAGUUCUCCACAAUUUCCCAAACCCCCAACCGGACUCAACCUCCUGAACUUCAUGAGAGUCUAGGCCUCACCCAAGACUCUGGCCUCCAAAAUACCCCAGGCCCUUCAAAAGACUCUACUGUUUCCAGAAACCCAGGCCUUACCCCAAAUUCAGGCCUCCACAAGAACCCAGGCCUUACCCAAGAUCCAGGUCUCCACAAGCUUCCAGGCGUAAGCCAAGACCCUUUUCUAUUCAAGAAUUCAAGUCUUUCCCAAAGCUCUGAACUUCACAAGAAUCCAGUUGUUACCCAAGAUUCUGGCUCCCAGAAGAGCCUAAGUUUUACUCAAGAUGCGAGUAUCUUUAGGAGUCCGUGUCUCACCCAACCCUCUGGUCUCCACAAGAAUGCACCAUUUCUCCCAGCUUCUGACAUUCAGAGGAGUGUAGGCGUUCUGCGAGACUCUGGAGUCUAUGGGAAUCUAGAGCAAAACCAGGAGACUGCACUCUAUAAAAGUCAAGAGCGCUCCCCCAAAACCGGCCUCCAUAAUAGCUCAGGCCCUUUGCAAGAUUCUGGAUGUCACAAGAGUACGGGUAACGCCCAAGAUCCGGGAGUCUCCAGGAAUCUAGGCUUUACCCAAGAUUCUGGGUCACAGAAGAGUCUAUACCUUGCCCAAGACUCUAGAGUCAACAAGAGCUCAGGCCUUUCCCAGGAAUCUGGUCUCCAUAAAAGCCCAGGCCUUGUCCAAACCUCUGGCCUCUAUAAGGGCUCAGGCCUUACCCAAGACUCAGGAGACUACAAGAAUCCAGGUCUUACCCAAGAUUCUGGAGUCUACAGGAGCCAAGGCCUUACUCAAGAUUCUGACCUCCAUAAGAAUCCGGGCCUUACUCAAGCCACUGAAGUCAAGCAAUGUGGCCUUACCCAAGAUGCUGGAAUUUGCAGGAGCCCAGAACAUACCCAUGACCCUAAAUGCCACAAGUCCUCAGGAAUUAAUCAAGAUCCUGGCCCCCAUAAGGGCCCAGUCCUUAGCCAAGGCUCUGGCCUCCCCAAGACUCAAGGCCUUACCAAAGGAUCAGGACUCAACAAAACCUCAUGCCUUGUCCCAAAUCCUGAUCUUCACAAGAACCCAGGCCUCACUCUAGGAACUGACUCUGCCCAAGUCUUGGGUCCACAUCAGACCCGAAAGGCAUUUGUAUCCGGGGAGAUUCCUCGAAAGGAAGCAGAGCAGCACACACCAUGGACUUCUGUCCCACUCAGUCAGAACACGGGCUCUCCCAAGGCCCCGGUGAUCUACAAUGACCUGCAAACCUUCUCAGAGGUGCCUGUACUAAUUGAGCUGCAGUCGUCCUCCCGGCGAGCAGGCAGCCAAGACUGGGUGUACCGCCCUGUGGACACAGUUCCUCCAACCUGUCAGAACUACCGCCAGAUGUCUGUGCCUCCCAAAACCAAUCAGUGGAAGCCCCACUGUCCUGGGUCAGGCACUCGGGUAGAGCAUGUGGUCUUUGACGCCCGCCAGAGACAGUUUGGAGUGGGCAGGGACAAGUGUGAAGCUCUGUCUCCCAGGCGCCUUCACUAA